AUGGGUGGAAGGUGGCCGCGCCUCCGCCCGCCCUCAGUCACCAGGACUUGGGACGAGUACCCCCCCACCCCACGGCCGCCACGCUGCGAAGAGGAAGAAGAGAAAGAAAGUGACCGGAAGUCAGAAGUUUCCAACAGCGACCGAAGUCCUCCCCCAGGAGGGGAGGGCUCCCCAUCCUCACCCCGCCCAGAUACAGGUGUAGGGAAAUCGAGCAUCGUGUGGCGGUUCGUGGAAGACAGCUUUGAUCCAAACAUCAACCCAACAAUAGGGGCAUCUUUUAUGACCAAGACUGUCCAGUACCAAAAUGAGCUACAUAAAUUCCUAAUCUGGGAUACAGCUGGACAAGAACGAUUCCGUGCCUUAGCGCCCAUGUACUACCGCGGGUCCGCUGCAGCCGUGAUUGUUUAUGAUAUCACAAAAGAAGAGACAUUUUCCACAUUAAAGAACUGGGUGAAGGAGCUGCGGCAGCACGGCCCGCCCAAUAUUGUGGUCGCCAUCGCAGGAAAUAAGUGUGAUCUUAUCGACGUCAGAGAAGUCAUGGAGAGAGACGCCAAGGACUACGCCGACUCCAUCCACGCGAUUUUCGUGGAGACCAGCGCGAAAAACGCAAUAAACAUAAAUGAACUCUUUAUAGAAAUUAGUCGAAGAAUCCCGUCCGCCGAUGCCAGCCCCCCGUCCGGCGGGAAGGGCUUCAAGCUCCGGAGGCAGCCUUCCGAGCCCCAGCGCAGCUGCUGCUGACCGAGCCGCGGCCCCCCCGGACCGGGCGACCAAGCCCAAUGGAAAUGCCUCCGUCCCCACCAUCUCAAAAGCACUUUUCCUUGAAGACUUUAGCCCGUGAUGCAUCCAGUAAGUUAACACAGAACCAACGGACGCAUGGCUCACCCGAGGUUGGCAUGCCCACCUUGUCCUGUGCGCGUCACAAGACCGAUUGCUGGCACCUUUGUAAACCCGCUCUCACGGUCCAGAUGGCAGUGGCAGAGAAGGUGCCUGGAAGGAGCCGAACUCAUGUGUCGGGACUGACGAGCCGGGUUUAAAAAGAGGAAGAAGAGAGAAAGCAAAGUGGCAUGAACGGUGGGGAAGCCAGCUCUGUCCGUUGCCCAGCAUUUGUAAAGUUGUCUUCUAUAUUUAUGCGACUGUUGCUUAAAGAUUACAAAUUAUGUAAAUACGUGAAUAAAUUCUGUUUCCUCCAGCGCGCCCUUUACUCCCGCACCCCGCGUCUUCGUCUGCCCGCCCACUUUAACGCCCGUCGGCGGUUGAGACGCGGAAGCCCAUCCGUGUUGUGCGAGGGCAGAGCGCCUGGCCCGCGCACCUUGCGGAUGCCUGUGCCUCGCCUUCCCCGCACCCUCCCCCCAACCCCCAUCUGGAAAUCAUAAUAAAGACCUAUGCCGCUUUGCCGAGCCUGACUAGCCCUUGCUAGCCUGGGGGGAACAGACUAAGCUCCAAGUUCAAGUCAUUCCACCUGGUCUUGGUGAUCAGUUGCUUGUAGCAUUUACAGCAACCUCAGACACGUGUUCUAAGCGAGCUUUCCUUGUUAACAAUCCAGCUUAUCUUCCCGUUUCCUUUAUUCCCCUGCCUCCGUCAAUGGUUAACACUCUUUCCCUCAGGGAGCCUAAUGAGGUUUCUAAUAUAAUCUAAAAAUAAAGCACUGGCGUGAAGUUGGUGACAA